GUGUAGGGAAAAAUUGGGUUGCAUUUAGGUUGUAUCAUCGUCACCACAUGAGGGAAGAGGAAGUUGAGCUGCAAAUUUGACAUGCUUUCAUUUGAUGUUUUACUGAUCUUCAACCAAGGCAGCCUGAUGCAAACGCUAAUAAUUCUGCAUGAUGAUCAUAAUUUCUGUGAAACUUCUUUUAACAAUGUGUUUUGGCUGCUUAGCUACAGGUCCUAAUAAUUUAAGAGUCAUCCAAACACCAACAAAUAUAAAUCUAUCAAUUGGAGACUAUGCUGAAAUCGCCUGUAUUUUGGAAAAAGCUAUUGUGAGGUAUAGAGCAAGCUGGUAUUUUGUUAAUAAAGUGAACAUCACUAAAAGUAUAUCAUCAAAACGCUAUUCGUCCAACAUCAUCCAUGAAAACAAGGAUGUGCUAGUCAUCAAAUCUGCCAAUGUAAAUGACACUGGAUUUUACUACUGUGAGAUAAUUAUUGAAAUACCUUUCUUUAAGAAACUACAUGGAAAUGGAACAACAGUGAUUGUUAAAGAGAAAGAAGCUCACUCACAGGAAAAGAGAUACUUGGUAACUUGGGCCAUCCUUCCUUUCGUAGUGGCAGUGGGAAGCUUGUAUCUUUGCUACAAAAAGAGACAGCACUCCACCCUAUCUGGUGCUGCACAGCUUCCUGUGCUGACAGGAAGGCAAGAGCAGGAGCAAACGCUCCAGGUGGAAGAGCUUCACGGGAGAAAUGAAUCCACCAGGGAAGCAGCUGAGGAAAACACAUCAUGUAAUUCUGCCGAAUGGGCUGUGUCUACACUUUAUGAAUCACUUGAGUUUUUUUGCAAUGAAUCAAGAGGAAAAGAUGACAAAUCCACUGCGACUAUUGUAUCCAAUGGAGAAGAUGAACAAAUCCCACAAACUAGGGCAGCUGAAAAGCCUAGAAUGAGACAAGGAUCUGCCAUCUACUUUGACACUCAGAACUAAAACAAAAUAAGGCUAAAUAACUAUGAAACUGAAAAAUACGAUAAUUUGCUGCUGCAAGAUGGAUUAUGUGUUUCCCAUCAAAAGCUUGUCAGUGGGACAAUAUACAAGAGAAAUGGUUGGUUCUAAGCAGUUUUUGAAUGUUUUUUUCACUAACAAAACAUUCUAAGGAGUCUCUGAAUUUGGAGGAUAUGUCGUUUAGGAAACUGUUUUCAGCUCUUCCUCUGGUGUCCAGAAAUAAUGAUCUCUGUGUUACAAAACUGUGAAAAAAUCUUCUGACCUGAACAACAUUCUCCAACAAAAGCAUUUCUUCAGGAAGCCCAUGUGUGAAUAGAAGAAAGUAGAGAAAAAAUGCAUGGAGUCUGAGCUCUGAAGCUGUCAUCAGUGCUGACCACGUUACAGACAGAGGGGUAUGCCAGAAAGGAUUCUAUACCUGUGGAAAGGGACUGUUAGUGUUAAUUCAUUCACAAACUAGGAAAAGUCUUCCAGAGAAAGAAGUCUCCUACACACAAUGAAAUACUAGGUUGAAAUGAAUACAUCUAUACAUAUAUAUGUAUUAUGUAUAAUUAUUGUCUAACUGGUGGAGGAGGGCUGCUUUGAGGAGAUGGGGGUGGAAAUGCUUGUUCCACUUUUCCCAGCUUUAAAACUUUUUAAAAAAUCAGUGAAGAAAAACCAAAGUUGAAAAAAUUAAGGAGAACCUGGCUUACAAGAUAUGAACAGAGGUGAAGAGUUUUGACUGCAAAGCUAAUGGCAGUUGUCCAAAGGCUGCUGAAUGCUGUGUGAAUAUCUGAAAUGUGAAUGUAUUUAUGUACCAGGGUUAUGCCAUCUUCUGUUAAUGUUUUUUUUAGAGCUUAGCUGGAGGUUAGAACAUCUUGUCAGCAGUGCAGGUAGAAACAACUUCACUGCUUGAGAUUUUUGUCCAGCUUGUACCUGGGCAGUGCAGUAGACUCAAAACAGCUUUCCCAGAGCCCUUAAAAACUGUUUGUGUCAGCUAAAUAUGUGACUGGCUUGCUACUAAAUACUCUUAAUGAAAUCUUUGUGGCCAUAUAGCACAGCUCAUGGUGUGGCUGUGUCUAUGCUGUACUGACUGCAGUUCACAAAGGUACCUCUCAAAUCACUGUAGCUCAGCUGUGUCUCACUCUGUGCUGUGGAUCCUCUUUCCUGGGUUGUUCUGUAACCUGCCCUGAAUUCCCUACUGCAAUAAAUAUGCUGCUGUCUGAACUAGACUGUAAUCACUGCUCUGUAUGAGAGAAACUGUUAUAAUACAUCUCAUGGUAUUUACGUGUAAAUUGA